URCUGUGAAGUGGAAGACGCUGACCUGCUGCAAGGUGCCUUAGUGUCCAAGUGCUGCCUGAACACGAUAUCUGAGGCGAAAAAGAGGAAAUUAACCUAUACCCAUUGCAGCAUAAGGACAAUUCAGAAACAGACACUGGAAUUGCUUCAACAAAGCAAAAUGAAAGAAGCUCAGAARCCAGGUGCAGGAGAGAAAUUCUGCUGCAUUUCCAAGCUUAAGAUAUUUCUGCUGGCGCUAUCAUUUGCAUAUGUUGGCAAAACCAUGUCGGGUGCUUACAUGAACAGCAUGUACACACAGAUAGAGAAGCAGUUUAAUAUUCCAGCUUCUUUAGUGGGGAUCAUUAAUGGAAGUUUUGAAAUCGGCAACUUGCUGCUGAUAGCAUUUGUGAGUUACUUUGGAGCAAAGCUUCAUAGACCAAGAAUAAUUGCCUUGGGCUGCACAGUUUUGUCAUUUGGCUGUCUUUUAAUAUCACUUCCACAUUUCCUAAUGGGACAGUACCAUAUUGAAAGUAGCAUUUCACCAUCUGAGAAUUCUUCAGUUAUGCCUUUGNAUUGGUACCAUAUUGAAAGUAGCAUUUCACCAUCUGAGAAUUCUUCAGUUAUGCCUUUGNUUAGACUGAACUCUAUGGAGUCCCUUAAUAGAAAGUGGAAGGAGACUACAGAGAACUUUCAGAGCGUGUCCCUUGCUAUAGAGAUGUUCAUGCUCUUUGCUGUAGAUUGUGAAAAAGAGCCUGGAUCCAAGUUGUGGGUAUUUGUGAUGAUUGGAAACAUAAUACGAGGAAUGGGUGAAACUCCCAUCAUGCCUUUGGGCAUUUCAUAUUUGGAGGAUUUUGCCAAANUUAGACUGAACUCUAUGGAGUCCCUUAAUAGAAAGUGGAAGGAGACUACAGAGAACUUUCAGAGCGUGUCCCUUGCUAUAGAGAUGUUCAUGCUCCUUGCUAUAGAUUGUGAAAAAGGGCCUGGAUCCAAGCUGUGGGUAUUUGUGAUGAUUGGAAACAUAAUACGAGGAAUGGGUGAAACUCCCAUCAUGCCUUUGGGCAUUUCAUAUUUGGAGGAUUUUGCCAAAGCAGAGAAUUCACCUUUUUACUUGGGGUGUCUACAYACAGCAACUGUGAUUGGACCAUUCAUUGGUUUCUUGUUGGGAUCAUUCUGUGCAAAACUGUUUGUGGAUGUGGGAUCAGUAAAUGCAGAGGACAUAGCUAUAACAGUUACUGAUGCCCGUUGGGUUGGUGCGUGGUGGCUGGGCAUUUUGAUUUGCGCCUCACUGAAUCUCCUCGCAGGAAUACCUUUUUGGUUUUUGCCCAAGACCCUUGUGAAGGAAGGAGAAACCAAAGAAUCKGAAGAGCUCAGYAAAAAAAGUGUAGUACUAUUGCAAGAAAAUGAUAAAAAUGAAGCCAAGCAGAACAUGUAUGAGAUUGCUAAAGAUUUCAUACCGUACCUCAAGGCUCUGUUUCACAAUAGAGUAUAUAUGUUAUUUAUAUGCAUAACCGUGUUACAGUUCAGCGCAUACAAUGGCAUGAUAUCCUUCAUGCCAAAAUAUUUGGAACAGCAGUUUGGAAAAUCUGCAUCGGAUGCCAUCUUUUUAAUUGGUGUUUACAACUUACCAGUUAUAUGCAUUGGAUAUUUUUUUGGAGGCUUGUUCAUGAAGAAGUUCAAAACAAAUACCUCUCAGGCUGCAACCAUAGCGUUUUGGAUAUCUUUAUUGGAAUACCUUCUCUACUUUAGUGCCUAUUGGACUAUCUGUGAUGCUUCUCCAGUCGCUGGCUUAACAGUUUCAUAUGAAGGGAGAGAGCAUGUUUCAUAUACAGAAAAUACUCUCCUUGCUGGCUGCAACAAUGAUUGUAAUUGCACACUGAAAAUAUGGGACCCUGUCUGUGGGGAUAAUGGAGUCACUUAUGUGUCGCCUUGUCUUGCUGGGUGCAAAGCCUCAACAGGGACUGGAAAACAUAUGGUAUUUGAAAACUGCACCUGCAUUGCAGCCUCAGGAUUUUCAUCUCAAAAUGUCUCUGCAAUUCUGGGCCAGUGUGACAAAGAAGAAAACUGUGACAAGAUGCUUCAUUAUUUUUUAAUAUUGUCAUUAGUCUGCAGCUUCAUUUUUUCCUUAUCAGCCAUGCCUGGGUAUAUGGUCUUAAUAAGGUCUCUAAAGCCUGAAGAAAAAUCAUUAGGAGUGGGUAUCCAUGGACUGGCUUCAAGAGUAUUUGCUGGAAUUCCAUCUCCCAUUUAUUUUGGAGCAUUGAUAGACACCACUUGUUUGAAGUGGGGUACGAAGAGCUGUGGAGGAGAAGGAGCAUGCAGGAUGUAUGACAUUGUCACUUACAGAUGGCUCUACCUGGGUCUGCCAGCAUUAUUACGUGGAGUGUCCUAUAUCCCAAGUGUAUUCAUUCUCCUUAUUUUAAAGAAGAAACUUAAAUCCUCUGAAAGCAAAGUCUUAAUAAAUCCACCAGUGGAAAUGCAGACUAAAGAAGAAGAAAACGAAUCACUAAAAUAGCACUUCAAGCAGGACAUAUCAUGGAAAAAAAAAAAUUACAGUGUAAAUCUUGGACCUAUCUUUGUGACAAAUUUGUUAUUUGUACUAGCGAACUCCUGGACAGACAUUAACAGAAUUACAUCCAGUUAUAUCCUAAUUCUAUCCUGAGAAAAAUAUUAGUUCAUGAACGGAGGUUCCAUAAAAAGAUGUGUUUUGUGCAAAAGAGCCAGGAGUAGAAAGAAGUAUGAAAACUUAAAAAAUGCCAGGGUUGAGACAUUUGAGUAAAGGGCAGUGAGGCAAAAACGUGUAUUUUGAAUCCUGGUUUCCCGGAGUUAGAGUUUUGCACCAGACUCUAGAGAAGCGUAAUUUCAUCCUGUAACUCCCUAGCAGGUUCUGCCACAGCCUCUCUCAUUGACUAUAGACACCUCACAAAGCUUCUCUGGGCUUCAGGAUACCAUUAAAUGAUUUAAUUAUA